UGGAUUUAUGCAUGUGCCGGAACGGGGAUCGGCUUGAAUUUUCUGCUUCUAUAUUUGAUUUUCACUGAUUCGAAUCAUGGCAGAGAUGGAUAUCGUCGCAUGUUGGCCAUCGUCAGUUGUUACAAUAUUUACUACGCUGUUGUGCAUUGCGUGAUGGAAGUGGGAAUCCUCAUCGAUUCAAGUGGAUUUCUCGCCUUCAGUUAUUCUUGUGCCCGUUUCGGCUACUGGGUCUCGUUUUUUGCCAUCCAGCUCUACAAUGUUUUCUUCACAACAUUAACAAUGAGGCCAAGCCCUGAAAGAGAUGAAAUCAGUCGAGUGGCAUUGUUGCAACGCUACAAUUUGAGCAUCGACCAAUUGGGAUAUUUGGGGCCAGUGUACAAGCUAACUAAUACAAGUGGCUCUUGGGUGUAUGUCUGGCCGAGUAUCAUCAGCACAAUGAGUACGGUGACUCUACAAGUGAUCGUCUAUUGCGCAACUUGUGUAUGCGGGGUUCAGCUAUACAUUUUUGUGCGAAAAGCCCUUGUCAGCAAUCGAUCAAAAUCGAUGAACAUGCAACUUUUGCGUUUAUUGAUGAUACAGGCAAUCACUCCACUCAUUUUUGAGUAUAUCCCAUUUUUCGCUACAUUGUUCGGUGGAUUCAUUGGACUUCCCUUGGACGAGGCUUCGUUUUACAUCCCAAUUUUGGUCUCCUGUUAUUCAGCCUCAGAGGCGACAAUGACAAUUUUCGGUUUUACAAUAUAUCGUGAAAGGCUCCUCAGAAUGCCGAAAGCCAAACUCACCGACUUGUUGAGUUCAUUUCGACGGAAAUCCAAACACCUUCAAGCUGGAGAAGCAGCAAAAAAGGGCAACUCUCCUUCCGUUGAACAGAGCGUAACGGCUGGAUCGGUUCCAGCUUGCUCACUUUCCGUUCAACACGACGAUCAGCUGUCUACACGAGUUAAUAAGGCGACAAAGCGGCUUUGGAAUUUUGGACGCCAAAAGAAGGCGGGGAAACUCGUGAAAGAAACGCUCGAAGUGCCACUAGCCGGAAACGCCUUCAUCACUCACCGGUCACCCACCUUGGAAAUGGCUGCUCCCGUUGCCGACCCGAUCUCCCUUCAAUCGCGACGAGCGCUCAGCAGAGAUGUCUGUGCACGGCUUUUCUUUGAG